CUGGGGGGCAGGAGCAGCUUGCUGGAAGGUUCAGGGCCGAUGGGGGUGACACCAAGCUGAGUGCUGGGGCCGGUCCCAGCUCUGGAGCGGGGUGUCGGGCAGCGGGGAGGCACCGCUGGCCCAGGGACCCGGGAGACCAAAGGCAGGGAUGCGUGAAGCUGCCUGGCAUUUGGGACCUGGUACCGGGGCCUUGUGCGUGGCAGGAGAGCUGCCACCUCCCAGGAGCUCCCUGGGGGCUCCAUGGUGGAGGGGCAGGGGCGGGAGGGUCUGAGGCUUCGUCCGGGGACGGAGCCCUGGGAGGUUAGUCGAGGGGGCGACAGGGCAGCGGGCAGCUCUGCCGAGGGUGAUGGGGCAGAGGGAGGAGCUGAUGGGUGUCGGCCUGACCCAGGCGAGCGGGAGGGGCAGGCGCAAGCAGAGGGGACAAGGGGACGAGAGCCACUGGGACUCCUGCAGGCCAAGGGGGGCACUGCGUACCUUCCCGUGGGUGGCAAGGUGCUGUUACACCUCAUCCCCACCCCAGGUCUCUGCUGGGCUGGGCGCCCCUGAAACUCCCUGCAGUGAGUUGAAUGGUGACCCCCAAAAGGUACGUCCAAGUCCUAACCCCAAAAGCCGUGAAUGCAUCCUUACUUGGAUUUAGGAAUUUGCAGGAGUAGUUAAGGGAAAGGUCUUGACCGAGGUCAUCCUGGAUUAUCUCGUGGACCUUAAAUCCCGUGAUUUAGGAGAAAGGGAACGAGAGGGAGGUUUGAGACAUGGACAUGCAGGGGAGGCCACGGGAAGACAGAGGCAGAGACUGAGGGAUGUUUCUGUAAGUCACAGAGUUCUUGGGGCCCCCAGAAGCUGGAAGAGGCAGGAGGGAGCCUCUGAGGGUGUGGCCCUGCCGACACCUUGAUUUCAGACUCUGACCUCCAGAACUGGGAGAGAAUCCGUUUCUGUUGUUUAUGAACUGCCCAGCAUGUGGUCCUCUGUUCCGGCCGCCCCAGGACACCGAUACAGCCCCUCUCUGUGGAAACCUGUUAAUUCUCUCCAAAAAGCCUCAGGACGCAGUGAAGCUGCCACUGUCACCGGCCACCUCUACAGUCAGCAGGUGACAGGGGACACUGGCUGCUGUCACCUCUAACCUCCAGAAGGAGAAGGCCCUUCUGGGUCAGGCCCUGAUGGGUAAAGCCACCAGUCCCUCUGUCUCCUUGGACUGGCCUUCACUGGCUGGGGGGCAGAGGGGGGAUGUCAAACCUCCUCCCCAGUCAGAAAGGACAGCCUGGAGGGGGUGGCCCUGUGGUCUCAGCACGUGGGUGCCUCCCACACAUCAGGUCAGGAGCCUGACCUCUCAUGGGGCCAGAGAGGGCGCCGCCCCGGGGGCUGGGAUGGGGCUGUCUCUCGAAACCAAGGGAAGGUGUUUUAGGGCGAAUGAUGGGGCCCGGAGGGAGCGCCGAUGGGCAGGCUGGGUUCCCUGGGGCAUCCCCGAAGGCAGGCAUAGACGAAGGGGCAGCAGGCUGUCUGGGCAGGUAUCUGUAAAGCUCAUCCUGACCCAGAGGGACACGGUUGACCCGAGCCGGCCUCCGAGCGGUUGCUGUGUCCCCGUCACUCUCGAUCUCAUUAAUAGCUGUCACCUUCUGCUCACGAGGCGCCCGAUGCAGCGUCACGCUUUAGAACUUGUCAUUUCAUGGCGUGACCAGCGUGUCAGGGGACAGACCCAGAUUUAGGUCUCAGAGCUUGGAGGACAAGCCCUGCCUUCUCACCUCUCCCACAGGGCCAUUUCUCAGCCCCAGUGGCCUCAGGGAGCCCUGACCUCGGGGGUCGUUGGGGGUCUCUGGACCCUUCUCCAAACCUCAGUAUCUCCACCGGACAAGGCACGGUGGCGGGACUUGGGCUGGGCGGCCGCCGCUUCAGUGUCUGGAGAACGGGUCAGGCGUGCUGACUACACACCUGGUGAGAGGGCCAUGGGUCCACUCCACAGAGCUCAGGAUUGGCCAGAGGCUGGCAGGGCCACUGGCCACUGUGAUUAUGAUCAAUGGAAAUGUGAUAAGUCCUGCAAUUUUGAUUUUUUUUUUAAAGAAACAGCGUCCAUCAUCACUUCUGCAUAGUGCCUUCUAGACGGCUCCUCUUAAUGAAUUCAGCGUGAAUUCCUUUCCAUGUUGAAUAAUAUUCCGUGGUAUGGAUGGACCACAGUUUGCUUAGCCGUUGAUCAGCUGAUGGAAGUCUGGGCUGCUUCUGCUUUUUGGACACGUGUGUGCACGCUGCUUGUGGAUAGAGGUUUUCAUUUCUUCCUCGUUUCUCUUUUGGUCUCUCUGUGAGCCCUUGGCAUGCCCCCCCCCCCCCCGCCAAUGUCUCAUGGUUCAGGCCGAUGUCACACUGACACUUUGGCACCAGGAAGCCGGACGCCCUCAAGUGGGGUUUGCUUGGGCCCUGAGAGUGGGCUGAGGGUCCAGUGAGCAAAAGGGUCUGGAGGCAGGGUCGGGGGUCCGCAAGCUUGGUGACCACAUCCCUGAGAUGUCAGGUCACCUUCCUGGACUGUCCCUACCGUGGCAGGACAAGGUGGGGCCCUCGGCCCUGUGCCAGUUUGGUCCUACCUGACUGGCAAGGCCACUUUCUCCGCCAGGCGCGUGACAGGUGACAGAACGGGUUUCCCCAGAAACCACCAGGGAGUGGCAGGUGGAGGCUGUGACCGGGCGCCCACAGCCUGACUUGGGGGUCACUGGGUGGGGGGCUGCCUCUACUGGUUAUCCCAGAAGGGCCUGGAAGGCAGGGCUUCUAUUCCCGCCCCAGCAGCUGCCCGCCCAGCGGGUCAGUGCUGAACAAGGCCUUGAGCUGGACGCUGAAGGGGCGCCAGGAGCCAUGCAGGAAGACCCCGUGAGCUCCAGCCGGAAGUGCAGACAGCCCCUCCCCGAGUUAAAACCUGCGGGCUGGGCUGCAGGAGGGCCAGGGCGGCGGAACAGCGCACAGUAGGUGCUCACGGAUCGGGCUGCAGGGGAGGUGGCUGGAGGAGCACGGGACGUGGGGGAGAGAAGGGCGGCCCAUCCACCCAGAGGGGUCCUGGGCUCUUGCAGGCGGCGGGGCCGGGAAAGCUGGGGACAUGGCAAGGAGGCAGUGGGCUUCCCUGCUGUACGGACCUGCAGCCCAAUAAACGUUCUCUCUCUGGAGUUCCUGUUCUGGCUCUCAGGACAGUCCCGGCAGAUGUGGGCAGCCCUUCCCCUGGGGUUGACGCCGAGCGGGGGGGUCGGGGGGCAAGCACGCCUGCCCUGGGUGAGCUGGGAGUCGAGGGGGCGGUGCCACCCGGCCACAUGUCCCGGGGUGAGUCAGCUCACCCUUGGGGCCUCAGUUACCGCAUCUGUAAAAUGCAGAAAAGGCGGGAAAACAGAGCACGGCAACACUUGCGGUCAUUUUUGCUUCCAAGACCUAGGAUCCUCCCAGCCCCUGGACAGGGUGGGAGGCCGGCAGGAGGGGAGGAGGGGCAUGGUGCCUGCCGCCCACCUGCUGACUCCUUCAGUGCCCUGCAGGAUGCGAUGCAGGGGGGCGUGCGCCCCUUGGGGAGCUGCCGCUGUGUGAGGAUUGGGACCGUCCAGCAAGAGGGAGUUUUCAGUUUAUGCAAGGAUUCGCCCUGGACGUCAGAGAAGCUGGGCCCCCUCCUGCUCUCUCCACGCACUCAAGUUGUGACGAAACCCCCCAGAACCCAACUCCUGGAAACCUCGAAGCCCCCCAGCGCCCACGCCAUGAAGGAGGAGGCCUUUCUGCGACGACGCUUCUCACUGUGUCCACCCUCCUCCACCCCUCAGAAAGUCGACUCCCGGAAACUCAGCCGCAACCUGCUCUUGGGUGGAGAGAAUGAGCUCGACCCUCUGGGUCCAGGGAAGGACAUGGAGCCCAACAGCCCAUCGCCACCCAGAGAUGAAGGGCCCCCGACCCCAGGCUCUGCCACGAAGGUGCCACCGCUCCUUUCAGCCGCAUCUGGUGGAAAGCUGGGCGGCAGGGAAUUGGCAGAGGGUUCGUUCACUCAUUCAUUCAUUCAUCCAUUCAUCCAAGAUGCUCACCGAGCUCCCAGCUGCUGGUGCCAAGGGGAUGCUGGGAUGAAGCCAAGCCCAGUGGAGCUCUCGACAGCAGAAUACAGGCUGUGCAAUGGGUCCGACAGGGAAUGUGUAUCCCCGACAGCCAAGGUCACCAAGAAGGAAGCUCUCAAGACGGUGGAGGCCCUCGCGAGUAGAAGGUCCCCCGGGAGGGCCAGCCCAGGGCCUUCUCCCCUGACCCACCUGCGGGUGCCCUGGGCCCAGGCACAGAAGGAGAGCUACCGCCAGGAGAAGAAGCGCGCCACCAAGCAGUUGCUCAGCGCCUUGACAGACCCCAGCGUAGUCAUCAUGGCCGACAGCCUGAAGAUCCGCGGGACCCUGAAGAGUUGGACCAAACUGUGGUGCGUGCUGAAGCCGGGGGUGCUGCUCAUCUACAAGACGCCCAAGGUGGGCCAGUGGGUGGGCACGGUCCUGCUGCACUGCUGCGAGCUCAUUGAGAGGCCCUCUAAGAAGGACGGCUUCUGCUUCAAGCUCUUCCACCCACUGGACCAGUCCGUCUGGGCCGUGAAGGGCCCCAAAGGUGAGAGCGUGGGCUCCAUCACACAGCCCCUCCCGAGCAGCUACCUGAUCUUCAGGGCCGCCUCCGAGUCAGACGGCCGCUGCUGGCUGGACGCUCUGGAGCUGGCACUGCGCUGCUCCAGCUUCCUGCGACUCAGCGCGUGCAGGCAGGGCCGCGACGGGGAGCCUGGGUCCUCGCCAGGCGCAUCACCCUCUGCGCUCUGCGGGCUGCCCCCCUCGGCUGCCGUCCACGACCAGGACCUGUUCCCACUGAACGGGUCCUCCUUGGAGAAUGACGCUUUCUCAGACAAGUCAGAGAGAGAGAACGCUGAGGACUCAGAUAAGGAGACCCAGGACCGCAGGCAGAAGGCCGAGAGCGGGAGCGAGCAGUCGGAGGCCCCGGGGCGCCCCGCGCGCAGAGGGACCACGUACGUGGCACAGGAACACGAGGACCUGGGGGAGCUGGGCGAAGCAUCGCAGGUAGAGACGGUGUCUGACGAGCACAAGAGUCUGAUAUGGGUCCUGCUGAAGCAGCUGCGGCCGGGCAUGGACCUGUCCCGCGUGGUGCUGCCCACCUUCGUCCUGGAGCCCCGCUCCUUCCUCAACAAGCUCUCCGACUACUACUACCACGCCGACCUGCUCUCCAGGGCUGCACUGGAGGAGGACGCCUACAGCCGAAUCAAGCUUGUGCUGCAGUGGUACCUGUCCGGCUUCUACAAGAAGCCCAAGGGGAUCAAGAAGCCCUACAACCCCAUUCUGGGGGAGACCUUCCGCUGCUGCUGGUUCCACCCCCAGAACCACAGCCACACCUUCUACAUAGCUGAGCAGGUGUCCCACCACCCACCCGUGUCCGCCUUCCACGUCAGCAACCGAAAGGACGGCUUCUGCAUCAGUGGCAGCAUCACAGCCAAGUCCCGGUUCUACGGGAACUCACUGUCAGCUCUGCUGGACGGCAAGGCCACCCUCACCUUCCUGAACCGGGUGGAGGAUUACACCCUUACCAUGCCCUACGCCCACUGCAAAGGCAUUCUCUACGGCACCAUGACCAUGGAGCUGGGCGGCAGAGUGACCGUCGAGUGUGAGAAGAACAACUUCCAGGCUGAGCUGGAAUUCAAGCUCAAGCCCUUCUUCGGGGGCAGCACGAGCAUCAACCAGAUCUCCGGGAAGAUCACAUCGGGCGAGGAGGUCCUGGCGCGGCUCACGGGACACUGGGACAGGGAAGUGUUCAUCAAGGAGGAGGGCAGAGGAGGCGCCGAGCUCUUCUGGAACCCGAGCGAGGAGGUCCGCGGGCAGCGGCUGAAGCGCCACACGGUGCCUUUGGAGGAGCAGACAGAGCUGGAGUCGGAGAGGCUCUGGCAGCACGUCACCAGGGCCAUCAGCGAGGGUGACCAGCACAAAGCCACACAGGAGAAGUUUGCCCUGGAGGAGGCACAGCGGCAUCAGGCCCGAGAGCGCCAGCAGAACCUGGUGCCCUGGACGCCGCAGCUGUUCCACCUGGACCCCACCACCCAGGAGUGGCGCUACCGAUACGAGGACCACAGCCCCUGGGACCCCCUGAAGGACAUUGCCCAGUUUGAGCAAGACGGGGUCCUGCACACCCUGAAGCGGGAGACCAUGGCCCGCCAGACCACCUUCCUGGGCAGCCCGGGGCCCAGGCACCAGGGAUCUGGCCCCGACCGGCGGCUCCGCAAGGCCAGCGACCAGCCAUCUGGCCACAGCCAGGCCACCGAGAGCAGCGGCUCCACGCCCGAGUCCUGCCCAGAGCUCUCUGACGAGGAGGAGGACCGUGACUUCGCUCCCGGCUGCGAGAGCCCGUGCCCUCGGUGUGGGAAGGAAGCGUGGCGGCUGCAGUUGCUGCACGAGGGGAUCCUGUCCAUCCGGGAGGCCCAGCAGGAGCUACAUAGGCAUCUCUCGGCCGUGCUGAGCUCCACGGCACAGGCCAGGCAGGCACCGGCCCCGGGCCUCUUGCACAGUCCCCGCUCGUGGUUCCUGCUCUGCAUGUUCCUGGCGUGUCAGCUGCUCAUUAACUACAUCCUCAAAUAAGAGCCCUUCAGGGACGGCGUGGGCAUCGCCUGCAGAACUCGGGCAGCCCCAGCCUCCCUCCCAGGCACCUAGCACUUUAAGCCAGCCCCGUGGAGGCAGAGACCCAGCGAGCACGGCCUCUGUGGACAGAGGGGCCCACGGCGGCACAACAGCAGGAGGGACCUGGGGGGCCACACGGGGUCCUCCCGGGGAGGUGCUGGCCUUAAUGCUGAAGCCAAAUGCCACAUUCGUUGUGCACUGCACUCCCUGGUGACCUCGUCCCAUCCUCCCUGGUCAGCCUCAGGGGAUUGAUGGUGGAGGGGCAGGAGAGCCUGCAGGGCUCUGGAUGUCCCCCAGCAGGGGUGAGUGGGGGGCGUUGAGGAGCAAGCCGGGACCCCAGGCCCUCCUUGGCCUAACACACAGGCCAUCCCUUCCUGAGACCCUGCCCACAUUGCCGUGGAGGGGCCACAGGUUGGCUGGGGGCGCCAGGUGGGUCGCUUUGGAGAGGGCGCUUGGAGCUUUAUUCUGCCUUUGUGCUGUCUGGACAGAGCCCAGCUCAUAUACCUACAGGACCCGCCCCACCUCCCUCAGCCAGGACGUGCCAAGCUGGGGCGGGCACACGUGAGCACGGCGUGCCUGGGGACAGCGUCCCCGGCCCGGAGCCUGAGUUGGACACUUUGCUCAGAUUGAUGCACGGUCUUCUCCUCCCACAUGUUUUUAAUAAACGCAAUCGCAAUAUUUUAGGCAGGCUGCAAACAGCGCCUGGCGUCUGGCCUCCAUUCCUGUGUCAAAUGCCAGGGGGUGUGUGUGUGUGUGUGAGAGAGAGAGAGCAUCUGCACAUGUAGAUACACACGGAGCCUUAAACUAUGUUGUGACAGCGUCAUCUGAGCUGACUGUCCAGUUUAUGUACCCACGUUCUUACCCUCCCCCAGUUUGGGGACAUGUCUUUGCUCCAUCCCUUGAAAUAAACAAGACACACAUAUUG